AUGUCUUCGCGGCCAGAUCUCAAGGUCGACGAUGAAGUCGGCUUCAUUCGUUUCUACAAAGACCUCCCUACCUCCGACAACAAUGAGACCAUCCGUGUAUUCGAUCGAGGUGAUUGGUACUCCUCUCACGGCGCAGAUGCCGAGUUCAUCGCUCGUACCGUGUACAAGACCACUUCUGUCCUCCGAAACCUCGGCCGCAGCGAGACGGGCGGUCUGCCCUCCGUCACGAUGAGCGUGACUGUGUUCCGCAACUUCCUGCGAGAGGCGUUGUUCCGUCUCAAUAAGCGUAUUGAAAUCUGGGUCUCUGGUGGCACUGGCAAGGGCAACUGGAAGCUGGGGAAGCAGGCCAGUCCUGGUAACUUGCAGGAUGUGGAGGAGGAGUUGGGUAGUGUUGGUGCACUGUCUAUGGACUCUGCGCCUAUAAUCCUAGCUGUCAAAAUUUCGGCGAAGGCUGCCGAGGCCCGGAACGUUGGCGUGUGCUUUGCUGAUGCCAGUGUACGUGAGCUCGGUGUUAGCGAGUUCCUCGAUAACGACGUCUAUUCCAACUUUGAGUCUUUGGUUAUUCAACUCGGUGUGAAGGAAUGUCUAGUUGUGAUGGAUUCGACACGGAAGGACGUCGAGUUGGGCAAGAUUCGCGCGAUCGCGGAUAGCUGUGGGAUUGCCAUCUCUGAGCGGCCUGCGGCGGAUUUCGGUGUGCGUGAUAUCGAACAGGAUCUUACCCGAUUGCUUCGCGAUGAGCGCGCUGCGGGUACACUGCCACAGACGGAGCUUAAGCUUGCUAUGGGCUCUGCCUCGGCUUUGAUUAAGUAUCUCGGAGUCAUGUCUGAUCCGACCAACUUCGGUCAGUAUCAGCUGUAUCAGCAUGAUCUAUCUCAAUAUAUGAAGCUUGAUGCGUCCGCUCUACGUGCAUUGAACCUCAUGCCCGGUCCGCGAGACGGUGCCAAGAGUAUGAGUUUGUUCGGCCUGUUGAAUCAUUGCAAAACGCCCGUGGGAAGUCGAUUGCUUUCACAAUGGUUGAAGCAGCCGCUCAUGGAUCUCGAUGCGAUUGAGCAACGGCAACAGCUUGUCGAGGCUUUCGUUGUGAAUACCGAGUUGCGUCAAACUAUGCAAGAGGAGCACCUGCGUGCGAUUCCUGAUCUUUAUCGACUUACGAAGCGUUUCCAGAGGAAGCAGGCGAACUUGGAAGAUGUCGUUCGUGUGUAUCAGGUGGCUAUCCGCCUGCCUGGCUUCGUCAAUGCUUUACAGGAUGUCAUGGAUGAACAGUACCAGUCACCACUUGAGAAGGAGUACACAUCCAAGAUCCGGGCUCACUCGGACAGCUUGGCUAAGCUUGAGGAGAUGGUGGAAACUACAGUCGACCUUGAUGCCCUGGAGAACCACGAAUUCAUCAUCAAGCCCGAAUUCGACGAGAGCUUGCGGGUCAUUCGCAAAAAGCUAGACAAGCUUCGCUACGAUAUGGACAUGGAGCACCGUCGCGUUGCCAAGGACCUGAACCAGGAGAUGGAAAAGAAGCUUUUCAUGGAGAAUCACCGAGUCCACGGCUGGUGCUUCCGUCUCACUCGUACCGAAGCAGGUUGCAUCCGCAACAAGCGUGAGUACCAAGAGUGCUCCACGCAGAAGAACGGUGUUUAUUUCACCACUUCGGCUAUGCAAUCUCUCCGCCGAGAGCACGACCAGUUGUCUUCAAAUUACAACCGAACUCAGACUGGCCUUGUCAACGAAGUAGUCAAUGUCGCCGCCUCCUAUUGCCCGGUAUUGGAACAACUCGCUGGCGUCCUCGCUCAUCUUGAUGUCAUUGUCAGCUUUUCCCAUGCAUCAGUCCAUGCACCAUCUGGAUAUGUCCGUCCGAAGAUGCACCCGCGAGGAACGGGCAACACUAUUCUCAAGGAAGCCCGUCAUCCAUGCAUGGAGAUGCAGGACGAUAUCUCCUUCAUCACCAAUGACGUUUCUCUGAUCCGUGACGAAUCUUCUUUCCUCAUUAUCACCGGUCCCAACAUGGGUGGUAAAUCCACCUACAUCCGCCAAAUUGGUGUAAUUGCACUAAUGGCCCAAACUGGCUGCUUCGUUCCCUGUACUGAGGCUGAACUUACAAUUUUCGACUGCAUACUGGCCCGUGUGGGUGCCAGUGACUCGCAGCUCAAAGGCGUGUCAACUUUUAUGGCAGAGAUGCUCGAAACCGCCAACAUCCUGAAGUCAGCCACCUCCGAGUCCUUGAUUAUUGUGGACGAAUUGGGUCGUGGUACGAGUACAUACGACGGCUUUGGCCUGGCAUGGGCUAUCUCCGAGCACAUUGUGACGCAGAUUCGCUGCUUCGGCUUAUUCGCAACCCACUUCCAUGAGCUUACUGCGCUGGCAGAGCGCUACCCCAAAGCCGUGCAGAACCUUCACGUCGUCGCUUUCAUUGGCGAUGGCACAGACAACAAUGCUGAAGCAGAGGAGAAGAAGAAGCGCCAAGUCACACUGCUCUACCGUGUUGAGCCUGGUAUUUGUGAUCAAUCGUUCGGUAUCCACGUCGCUGAAUUGGUUCGUUUCCCAACCAAGGUUGUGAACAUGGCCCGUCAAAAGGCUGAGGAGCUGGAAGAUUUCACUUCUGCGACUGGCGAUAAUGCUGAGAAACAGGCUGCGCCCUCGCUGGACAAGUACUCCCAGGAGGAGGUUGAAGAAGGCAGCGCACUGCUGAAGGAAAUGCUGGUGAAGUGGAAGGCAGAGAUCGAAGGCAAGGACCUCACUUCAGAACAAAAGCGUCAGAUCAUGCGUGAUUUGGUUCAAGCAGAUGCGAAAUUACAGGAGAACAAAGUGUUUCAGGGUAUCAAGGCUCUAUAA